UGAUAAGUUAUUUCGUGUUUGAGUUUCAUAAAUCCUGAAUUUAAUGUAAAAUAUCAGGUGUUAAGAAAUAGAGAGUAGGCAACAAUCUUAUUGUUUUUCAUUUUUGUCACGUAUAUUAUGGACGCGUAUGUAUAUUAGAAAGUUUUUCAUGAACGAACAAAUGUUUUUAUUUAUGAAGGUAUAAAUGAAAAGAUAUAAAUACGAAGACUAAAAGUGAAAAGAAUUAUAUAAAGAAAUACAAACGGAAAUUGAAAAGUUUUACGAAUAAGAGACAAUUUUACGAUUCGACACUUGGUAGAUAGUGGUAGUCAACAACAAGAAAUUACAUUGUGAUCACAUGUGCAUUAGUGAUUUAAAAAAAAUGUAAAGGUAUCAUUAUUAAACGAUUUUGGAUAUGGCAUGAAUCCAAAAUGCAGUUUUUGAUAGAUAUAUUAAAUAAGAGAAUUUGAAAAAAUUUAUUCCUUUAAUAUUGAGGAAGCAUUUUCUUCUGGAUUUUUAUGUGAGGAUUGAAUAAUAAAUGUGCUAAUGUUUUGAGUUUAUCCAUAUAAUUUAUCGUGUUCUUUGUUUAUAUAUAUACUCAAAUUUUUAUCUCAUAAGUUAGUAUAUUUUCCAAAACUUGUCGAAAAAUGGUGCCACUUGGACCAUCACCAGGGCAUCAAACGUCUGUCAAUAAUACUGCAACUGCUCCAGCCAGUGGCACUAAAAGUAGCUCAACGUUGAAACCGAAUUAUACCCUGAAGUAUACCUUGGCAGGCCAUACCAAAGCAGUCUCUUCUGUAAAAUUCAGUCCUAAUGGAGAAUGGCUUGCAAGUUCUUCUGCAGAUAAAUUAAUUAAAAUAUGGGGUUCCUAUGAUGGCAAAUUUGAGAAAACAAUAUCCGGCCAUAAGCUUGGUAUUUCAGAUGUUGCAUGGUCUAGCGAUAGUAGACUAUUAGUAUCUGCUUCUGAUGAUAAAACUUUGAAAAUAUGGGAAUUGAGUUCUGGAAAGUGCUUAAAAACUUUAAAAGGCCAUAGUAACUAUGUUUUCUGUUGCAAUUUUAAUCCACAGUCAAAUUUAAUAGUUUCUGGUUCUUUUGAUGAAAGUGUUCGGAUAUGGGAUGUUAGAACUGGAAAAUGUUUGAAAACUUUACCUGCUCAUUCGGAUCCUGUAAGUGCAGUUCAUUUUAAUAGGGACGGAUCAUUAAUUGUAUCUAGUAGUUACGACGGAUUAUGUCGAAUUUGGGACACUGCAUCUGGCCAAUGUUUGAAGACUUUAAUCGACGAUGAUAACCCUCCUGUAUCUUUUGUAAAGUUUUCACCAAAUGGAAAAUAUAUUUUGGCAGCAACACUAGACAAUACGUUAAAGCUUUGGGAUUAUAGCAAAGGAAAAUGUUUGAAAACGUAUACAGGUCAUAAAAAUGAAAAAUAUUGCAUCUUCGCAAAUUUUUCAGUUACAGGAGGAAAGUGGAUUGUUUCGGGUUCAGAAGACAAUAUGGUAUACAUUUGGAAUUUGCAGACGAAGGAGAUUGUUCAAAAAUUGCAAGGACACACAGAUGUUGUGCUAUGUACUACGUGUCAUCCAACCGAUAAUAUUAUAGCUUCAGCCGCCCUUGAAAACGAUAAAACUAUCAAAUUAUGGAAAAGUGACACAUAGAAUGUGCAUGUUACUCACGAUUUUAUUAAAAAUUCUACAAAGAGCGUUUGUAUCUUUUAGAAACAUCUUAUUCGAUCUUCAUUUUCUUUACUUUUUAAAAUUUUUACAUUUACUCAAUUUUCAAUCAUAAUGAAAUUAAUAAUUUUAAUAGAUAAUUUGCGUCUAUCUUUCGGAUAAUUGUAGAAAGUAGAACCUGGUUUUAUACAAUUAGAUAUUAAGAUUACCAUUAUAAUUGAAUGAACGCAAUAAAUCUAAAUUAUCAUGCAUCGGUUACGAAACAAAUCCAAGAGUAAACAGUGUUUCGGUGAACAAUUUUCUUAUCAUUUCGACGUUAUGUAUAACCGAUAGCUUUACGUUUGUAACUAUGUAAUUUACUUGUAAAGCGAAUAUGUACUCCUUUCUAUUUAUAUGACACUAGAAAAUAAAACAAUAUGUAUAAUAUUUUGAACAGAAUGCAACGGUUAUAUGUAACCUCUUUAAAUAUUCUAAAGAGGAAAAAGAAUGAAAAAAGAUUAUAAAGCUAUCCUUGUAACAAAAAUACGUUUAUGUAAAGAAAGUGACGAAAAGAAAAAAAUAUAAAUAUGUAUUUUUUCGUACCUGA